UUCACUUUAAGUGAGAGUAGCGCAGACAGAAAUGACGUAGAGGAGCUCACAGCCCGAACAUACGGAUGAAAACAAGGAAGUAGCUAAGAAGCGAGUUUUGUUUUAACACACUGUUAUAAAUUCAUUUCUUUUCGAAAAAAUACAAUGAACAACAAAGGGUCAUAUCCACAACAGGCUGUGUAUCCUCAGCAGAGCUCAGCACCUAUAUACCCUCCUGCUAUGCAAGUGCCACCACCCCAGGUACCUCCAUACACAGAUGCCCCUCCUGCCUAUUCUGAGAUCUAUCAACCAAGGUAUAUGCAUCCACCCCAGGUUACUGGGCAGCUACCUCCCAUAACGACUGCAUACCCUGCAACCCAGAUGUUUGUGCCAAUGCCCCAGACUGUGCCCGUUGGCGCAAUGCCCCCUAAUGUUGCAAUGGGUUACUACCCAAUGGGACCUGUGUAUCCUCCAGGCUCCACAGUAUUAAUGGAAGGAGGAUUUGAUGCUGGAGCUCGAUUUGCCCCUGGCAGCACUGCUUCCAUACCUCCUCCUCCCCCUGGACAUGCUCCAAAUGCAGCACAGCUGGCAGCAAUGCAGGGUGCAAAUGUGAUGAUGACACAACGCAAGAGCAACUUCUUCAUGGGUGGUUCAGGAGGGGGUUACACUAUUUGGUAACAGUUAGAAGGAACUGAUUUGACCAUGACCUUUCCCCUUGUCUGGUGUUCUCUUUUUCCCCUCUCUCCUGCCUCACCAUGGGCAGCUUGGCUAUGCCAUGAUAGUGAUACAACAGAAUGUAAUGUUUUAUAGUCCCUAAUAACAGUACAGUACUUUGAUGUCUUUUAGUUUAAUACAUGAUUAAAUCUUGAAAACAUUUAGAUCAUGUUUAUUUAUGGUUUGAAAACAGACUUUUCCUAAGAUCAUUGUGGCGCAUAAACUAAAACCCAUAAAGGGUUUUUUUGUGUUUUUUUUUUUUUCCCCCGUGAUGUUUAACAAUGUACCCUUAAUACUGUUCGUAAGUUAGGGCUGCCCUGCUAACAUUAAUUUACACAUUAUACCCAUUAAAAAAAUAGUAUAUUUAUUUAAUAUCAGUAAAAGCAGUUAUAUAUUAGACUAUUUUACACAUUCUAAUUACAACAGAGUACUGUACUGUACUAUUUUGGGAAAGAGUAGAUCAAUAUAAUUGGGUGUUAAAAUUGAGCACUGCAUCAUUAAACAGAUUUACAGAUUAAAAUGCAGUAAAUAAGCACUCCUAUUUGAUUCAGAACGUUGGUUGGCUUUUUAAUUAUUUCCACAUCACGUCGGAUACCCAGAACUGUAUAUAAUGCUGUGUUCAGUGAAACAACUGUUUACUUUUCACUAAGAGUUUGUGCUUCACAAAUUAAUUUCUUUAGAAUUAUUCUUAAAGUUUAAUUAGAAGUUUAGAGUUAAAAGUUUUUUUGCAUAAGCACAUCAAACUGUUUUUUUAGUUAACAUUUAAAUGUAUAACCAAGAAGCUGGUUGUACCAAAGAUCUGGAUUAGAAUGCACUAAAAGCUUUAAAUGUGACUUGAAAUUAUUCCCGGAAUAUAUCUGCACAUGUGAUAAAUUAAUAAAUAAUACAUAGAAACAUAUCAGAAAAAUAUUGAUAAUUGCAUCCUGAUGGUUCUGCAUGCUUUUUAUUUUAGGGGACUUUUAUUCAAAGCUAUUUUGUUUUAAUAAAGAUCAGUCUCUUUUUAUUUUUUGAAAUGCUACGUGUUCACCGUCAACCAACUCUGAAAAGUUACACUUUUGAAAGUUGUUUUUUUUGUACUCAUGCUUUCUACAUGCAAAUAGAGUGCCAGUCAUUAAA